CACUGUGAAGUGAGGGUGUACACGCUCCCGCGUAUCGUCCGCGGCUUUCACGUGGAUUUAUUUAUUAUAACUACAAAUAUGAGCUUGGCUGUGCUUCUCCAAGCUGCAGAAUAUAUAGAACGGCGGGAGCGGGAGAUGGAGCACGGCUAUGCCUCAACUUUACCUAUGCCCGACCACUACAGAUAUUCAAAAUCCUCCAAACGAUCGCGAUCCAAAUCCAAGUUGCAGAGUAACCGGACAACACACAACGAGUUGGAAAAGAACAGAGUACUCACAAUGGUGGUGACCCCGAGAGGCUGUGGUCGGGCCGGGGGGCAGAGUUACCUUGUUGCAGGAAGUGUCAACAGCAGCAGUAAAUUUCCCAUAGUGCACGAAAUGAAAUUCUUCUCUGUUUAUAAAGUGGAAAACGAGGUACUUGACUGUGAUGAAGUGAGUGAUGUUGUUGGGUCAUAAGGCCGUGAUCAGCUGGUCAUGAGGUGUGACGGCCCGAUAGGGUACACAACGAGGCAGUGUGGCCAGCACUGGACUCAUAGCUGGAUUGACUAGCGGGACCUCCAGCGCCAACUAGCAACUGGAGGGUAACACUGUAUCCACUCGGCCACCACAUCCCAGUCAUCAGUAUCAGAAUAUUUUAAAUCCUGGGAUAUAUUGUAAUACCUUACUCACUCUUAAUAAAGUUUUCAUUUGGUGUUCA